CAAAAUGGCAAAACUUUAUUCGUAUUAUACACUGUGCCCGCUUAUUGAUCAACAAAAUUUGUUAGGUGUUGAAAGAGAUUCGGAAAGCGGAUGUGCAAUCGUUACAUUAGGAAGAAAUAUUGUAAUUCGAUAUAAGCUACAAGAUCCAAAGCAAUUGAGUAGUUGGACGAGUAAAGAUCGGUUAACGACACAAGUUAUUUAUGAUGAAACAACCCAUCGAUAUGCUGCGAUAUUUAACGAGAAGAAGAUACGUCUUUGGUCCGAGAAAGAGACGGACUUGAAUAGCAUUAGAGGUUACAAAUUUCAAUCUCCGUUACACACUAUUCUUACUCUCGAAAAGGGGCCCCCUGUGUUGGUUCGUAAAGAUGGAGCUACCGCUUCGUUAGAAUGGGCUGUACAAAACAGAAAAUCUUGGUCCAAAGAUGGAAUCUUAGGUGUGGAUGAAAAGAUUUUGGAUUGUCAUUUAUUUCGUACCGGCAACAAAAUUAACUUAUGUCUCUUAACUGAAACCAAUGGAAUGUAUUGUUGCUUAGUGAUUAAACUUAACGAUACAACCUUCUCCAAAGAUAUGGAUCGUGUAAGGAGAAUGGAAUUGACGCGAAGAUCAGAGAAGUUAGUUGGUUAUACAGUACUUCAAACAAAAAACAAAGCAUGUCUGUUGACAUUGUGGUCGCAUGGCAGACUGUACAGCCAUUCUUUGACAGAAACAAGUAGUGAAUUUAGUUUACAUACACUGAUUGGUAUUAUUUGUAAUAUCAAUACAAAACAUCCUGUAGUUAUGACACCAUUGAAUGAAGCUACUAUAGCAAUUUAUGGAGCUGAUGCUUCUGAAGAAGGAGCUAUAUUAAUGAUCUAUAAUGUGCAAUUCAAAUUGGUUCAAGAUGCACAGAAACUAAAGCUUUAUACAAAAGAUGCAAAAUUAUGGAAAAUCGAGGACAAAUUAUUGCUUGCAGCCAAUAAACACUUGGCAAUUGCUCCUUAUCAUCUAGCACCUCAAAAAAUAGCUACUUUACUUGGUUCAUCCUUACAUUUCAAAACUGGCGAUGAAACCGAGAAAGACGACGAGAUUAUUGUGGUACAAGAAUCAACAGUAGCUCAAUGGGAAAAUAAUUCACCACCUUUAGUUAAACAAUUGGUUCAGCAACCUCCUAAAAAACUUUCCAAACAAAUAUCCUCUUACGUGAACGAAGGAUUAAGUGAUGCGGCAAUACAAGAAAUAUUGAUUCCACAAUUGAUAGAAUCGAAAGACAUUGAAGGAAUUGUAUGGUGUUUAAAUACCUUUAAGGACCUACCAGAGAAAUUAUUAAUCGAUCUUUUGAUUUUCUCGCUAAGAUGUAACGACGCUACGUUUUUACCGUCGCAAAACGGGACAAUCAACGAUCUUUCCAUCGUCAAGAACUUUUAUUCCAGAAACGAUUUUCUCGAUAAAAUUUUUAGUCUUACUUAUUCCGAUGUCUCUUUAUCUUCGUAUCUUAAAAGCGGCUUAAAUUUCGACGAAAUAUUAAGACUAUUGCAAUAUUUAAUACAAAAGUUAGACGAUCAGGAAAAUAUUUUCAGCUAUAUCGUACAGCAACCUACAGAUAAACAAUUAUAUGAGUGGUCUAGCCUUUUGUUAGAAUCCCACUAUCAGCAUUAUGUAUUAUCACGAGAUCCGGAAGUAUCAAUGCUUCUCAAUAAACUUAAUUGUGUUUUAGACGAUCAUUUGCGUGUAUUCAAGGACAUGGAAAACUUGAGGCCUAUCUUAAAACGGAUUAUUAACGAAAAAUCAUCAAAGCUGUUACAAAAAAACCGUAAUAAGUUCUAUGCAAUAGAGGAAAUAAAACUUUACUAACACGAAAAAUUAUUCUGU